GAUUUUGACAUUUAGCUGACGUGUUCGGUUGCUUUAACUUAUAAAUUUCACCAAUUUGCAGCGAAACGAAUACAUCAGUUGUUUUGUUGCGUUUUUUGUUCAUUUUUUAGAUUUUAACUAAAAAGAACAAGUAGCAUUAUAAAUAAAACCAAUAAACACAAAAAAGUUCCAAAGAACACAAGAGGUUGUAAUGAGUGCAGUGUCUGCAAAUUGCAGCAAAUAGUGAAACGCAUACCCAGGAACCCCAGUUUAAGUAGGUGCUUCAACACAGCACACACAAAAACCACAAAGAUGGCACUGCUAACUAUGAUUGCGCGUGUAAUCGAUGGACUUCCAUUGGUUGGUACCAUGCAAGAUGAUGAACAGUCCGGCCGCAGCAUAUUGGAGUAUCAGAAUCAAGCGAAAAUGUUAUUCAGAAAAUUAGGUUCACAUUCACCAGCGCGCUGCAGUAUCGAAACAGGACCAUACCUAUUCCACUAUCUAAUUGAAAAUGAUGUUUGCUAUCUGGUGAUGGUUGAUAAAAUGUACUCCAAACGGCUGGCCUUCAACUACUUAGAGGAUUUAGCGCAAGAAUUCCAUGCCAACUAUGGACGACGUGUCAACUCCGUGACGCGUCCCUACGCAUUUAUCGAAUUCGAUGUUUACAUACAGAAAGCCAAAAAACAAUUGACCGACCGGAGACGAAACAUAAAUGCAAUCAACACACAAUUGCAGGAUGUGCAGCGGAUUAUGGUACAAAAUAUCGAUGAUGUACUGCAGCGCGGCACAGUGUUGUCAGAAUUGGACACAAAAACGCAAAAUCUGUCUAUGAUGUCGCAGAAAUAUAAAAAGGAUGCGACAUAUUUGAAUCGAAAAUCAAUGUAUUUGAAACUGGGCGCCGCCGGUGUCGCUAUAGUAGUAUUUAUUUUAUACUUUUGGGUUUUGUAAUAAUUGUUAAAUGUUUAUUAAAAAAGGAUAAUGAUAUGCAAAAAUACUAACUAACUAUUUGUAUAGGAAAUAUUGUAUGCAUGCGUCAUAGCAAUAUAUAAAAGUGCACGACAUAGGGAUAUUUUUUGUUUGGCGACAACUCAA